UGGAUGUGUGUGUGUGUGUGUGUGUGUGUGUGUGUGUGUGUGUGUGUGUAUGUGUGUGUGUGUGUGUAUGUGUGUGUGGAGCAGUUACCUCCAUAGUGAGAGUGUCGCUAACCACUGGAUUGUUAAAACGACAAGCGGAAAGAUAUCCUCGCGAGGGAACCACACGCGGACACGCUCUCGAGGAGUUUAGUGUUUGCCUCCCCGACCUCCCUCCCUCGGUACAGGUUGAAGCGGUGCCUGAGCCGGUCCAGAAGCGAGCAUUAUGCAUUCAGACUGCAGGCUGCUAUGGGCAGAGCGGUAAUGGUGGGCAGGGGACCGACAGGGGCCGGGGUUCUCGUCCUGUCGAUUCUCAUCAUUCUCACCACGGAAGGCUGUCGAGCGCAGAAAGGUGAUGGCUGUGGCCCCAGUGUACUUGGCCCCAGUAGUGGGACUCUGUCCUCUCUGGGUUACCCGGGGACGUACCCAAACAACACGGUGUGUGAGUGGGAAAUCAGUGUGCCCCGAGGCAACAGGAUCCACUUUCGUUUUGCUGAGCUGGACAUAGAAGACAGCGACUGCCAGGUCAACUACCUCCGCCUCUACAACGGCAUUGGGCCCGAGAGGAGUGAGAUUGUGAAGUACUGCGGUUUGGGUCUGAAAAUCAAAGCGCUGAUCGAGUCCACUGGCAACCAGGUCACUGUCCAGUUCAUGAGUGGGACCCACUACAGUGGACGUGGAUUCUACCUGUCCUACUCCACCACUGAACACACAGAUCUAAUUACCUGCCUGGACAAAGGAACUGAUUUCCCAGAGGCAGAGUUCAGUAAAUACUGUCCAGCCGGCUGCUUGACAUCUACUGAGGAGAUUUCUGGAACGAUACCUAAUGGAUACAGAGAGUCCUCUCCUCUGUGUGUGGCAGCCGUCCACGCAGGUGUGGUGUCUAACGCUGAGGGAGGGAGGAUCUCCGUGGUCAACAGUAAAGGCAUCCCUCACUAUGAGGCCACACUGGCUAACAAUGUCACGUCCACUGGAGGAACUUUGUCGAACAGCCUCUUCACCUUCAGGACCAGUGGCUGCUACGGAAAGCUGGGUUUGGAGUCUGGUGGUGUGGCGGACACUCAGCUCAAUGCUUCCUCUGUGUGGGAGUGGAACGUCAUCGGUCAAAACAGUGUGUGGAUUCCAUCAGGGGCGCGCCUUAAAAAGGCGGGUCUGCCCUGGGCCCCUUCUCAGAGCGACCAUAAGCAGUGGCUGCAGAUCGAUCUCAAGAGGGAGAAGAGGAUCACAGGUAUCAUCACCACUGGAUCUACCCUACGAGAAUACCAGUACUAUGUUUCAGCAUACCGGGUCCUGUACAGUAACAAUGGACAGGAGUGGCACAUCUACAGGGAAGCAAAUUCCACACAAGACAAGGUGUUCCAAGGCAACAUCAACUACCUGCAUGAGGUGAGGAAUAACUUCAUUCCUCCAAUCGAGGCCCGCUUCGUGAGGAUAAAUCCAACCCUAUGGCAACAGAGAAUCGCGCUCAAGUUGGAGCUGCUUGGCUGCCAAAUUCACGCAACGAGGCCAGGGCCGAGGAUGGUUCACCCCGUUCAUCAUCCUGCACCUCCAGCGGGUACAAGACGCCCACCUCACCUUGGUCAAACCACACACACCCCAGAGAUCAGAAACACUACUAUGCCUCCUCACACCGGCAAAGAUGUGGCGCUGGCUGCAGUUCUGGUUCCCGUGUUGGUCAUGGUUCUGACUGCUAUCAUCUUGAUUGUGGUUUGUGCCUGGCACUGGAGGAACAGGAAAAAGAGCUCUGAAGGAACAUACGAUCUCCCUCACUGGGAUCGCACAGAUUGGUGGAAGAGCAUGAAGCAGCUGUUGCCCUCUAAGGUGGUGGACACUGAGGACUCAGUUCGGUACAGCAGCAGCGAGGUGGGCCGGCUUACUGGGAGAGGUGCCGUACCCAGACUACAUGCCGAACCUGCAGAAUAUGCUCAGCCCCUGGUGAGUGGUGUUACAACAUUAGGUGCCCGGUCAACCUUUAAACCAGACGAGGGGCCCGACCCAGGAUACUCAGAUCCUGACCUGUACGACGCUCCCAUCUCACCGGACGUAUACCACGCCUACGCAGAACCACUGCCGGCUUCGGGAUCUGAAUACGCUACACCCAUUGUGGUCGAUAUGGGUUGCCACCCAUCAGGGGGCUCCUCUUUGAACCAGCCCUCCACAGUGUGUAGCUUCAUGGGCGCUGGGCCGGCCUCCCUGCACACACGGACAGACAGCAGCCAUUCGGGGAGGUCGGCUUACGACACGCCCAAGAACGCCACUGGACAGGUCACGCCCACUGAGGAUCUGACCUAUCAGGUACCUCAGAGUAGCACUCAGAAGCCAACGGGACAGAGCUGAAGAGUCUGGAUGCACAUGGCCUUAACCUGCCCCCCCCUCUCCCCUCCCCUCUCCCCUCACUGCCAACGCAACCCAAUGGACAAAGAUGCAGAGGUUGUUUAAGGAGGAGGAGGAGGAGGAGGUGUGAACCUGUGAGCCCUGGAGCCUGGGCUUGAGUCUUGAAUGAACACUACCUUAGCUUUAGAUUCAUCCGGAGAUGUCUGUAUUGCCUAAAUGUUUCUGCAUGGCCAAAAAUCUGCUUGUGUAGUGCCAUUACAGUCCUAUCACUGAAACCACAACAAUGAAUGUGUUCGUGCCAGGUGUGAGAGGUGGAGAUGGAUGGAUGGAUGGAUGAAAAGGAGAAAGCUGACUACUAUUUGAUAAAGACUUUGUCCCUGUUCUGUGAUCCUUAGUAGUUCUUGCAUUCUAUGAAACUGUGAUUUCCAUUAUUUCAUUAUUAUCCUGUUACAUACUGAACCAGGUUUAUCUGCAAUGUGCCUGAUGAUUUCCAUUCAGAAAUCUAACUGAAUGAAUUGCAUGUCGCAUCAAGUACCCCACAUCCAAGGUCAAAGAAUUCCUCCUUCCUAGAGAAACUCUAGCUUACCAUGGUACGUUUUGUCUUACUUCGUUUAAAAAGCAUGACUUGAAAUUGUGUAUAGUUCUAGUAAUUCCAUUACUGCAAACCUGUUCAAACUCUCAGAUGAUUUACUGAUAUUUAUUUUUAUUUUCACAUCCUGCUGAUGAGGAGAAACUCUUUUAAUUAAAAAAAAAUAGCCCACCACUACCCCUCACUGAUUACAGAUCAAAGAAUUGUGGUUGCACUGUUGUGAACAAAUUACUGACAGUUAAGUAGUCUCUCAUUAAACUUGUCAGAGGUUUUGCAUUUAUUAACUUUAAAAAAGGCUGAUUUGAUUCCAGUGAACUCCCCAAAGAGAAAAAACUUUUUGUAACGUCAAAGACCAAAUGUUGCCUUUUUUUCUGUUUAUGCAAUGUUAAUUCACAACAGAGCCAACUUUCACAACUGUGCCAACAAGUUUAACCAAAUAAACAUUAAAGCAGUCUUAAUGUAGGAAAAAAAAGAUUUUAUAGCCCUAGUUAGCUGAUGAUGUCCUAGCAAAAAGGUACAGAGAAAAGAGGUAGAUGGGUAAAUCUGUUACAGCUGAUGAUUUCGUAGAGUUUCCUGUGUGUUUGUCAUGAACUUUUAGAUUAUUUGCGCGUCGUGGUGAUUGUCUCGUUGAAAUUGGCGUUUGAGCUGUUCCUCCCUUGUAUCUAUGUGCUUCAACAAUCUGUAUGUGUGGUAGGCCAUUUUCCAUACUUCAGUCCUGUGUGUUUGUGUGUUUCGGACUGGUUUUGAUGUGGCUUGUUAUAAUUGUAGUAGGGUGUGUUCAGUCAUUGUCUGUAGCACCGGUAGACUGCAUUCCUCUCCUAUCCACCUGUGGUACUAAUCCGACCUAACGCUCUGUGGCAAGAGGGCAGAUGGAGAAAAAUGGAACAAGCUGCUUUAUAACAUUGAAAGAAUAACGACCUUGCCCGGGGAAGGUGCUAUUCACACAGCUGUGCCACCAAUCAUGCUUUGAUUAUGCUCAAUAAUCAAUGCAAUCUACGCAGAGUUCUGGUGCUCCCUGGUCACAGAGGGAUUGUGUUUAUGUGGCUCUCACUGAUUGUAUAUAGAGAAAUAAAGAGUUUUAAAAGGAAAA